AUGGGAACAACAUGUCCAAGACCAGUUGAAUAGAAUGACGUUUCUAGUCUCUCAGUUUAAAAUUUCUAUUUCCAUUUUGUUAUUGGCCGCGGUGGUUUUGGAAAGGUUUGGAAAGUAGAAAGCAAGAAAUAAAAGCAGCUAUACGCGCUCAAAGAAAUGUCAAAAUCAAAGAUUAUUUCUAAACGCAGUGUCCAAUCGGUUAUGAAUGAAAAGCAGCUUCUCUCAUCCCUGAGACAUGACUUUCUAAUUAAUAUGAUUUAUGCCUUUUCAGAUCGCUCAAAUUUAUAUUUAGUUAUGGAUUUGCUUACUGGAGGAGAUCUUCGUUUUCACAUAUCUCGCCAUAGAAGAUUUACAGAAUAGCAAACAAAGUUCUUCGCAGCUUGCAUUGUAGUAGGUCUAGAGUAUUUACACCAAAAUGGAAUUCUCCACAGAGAUAUAAAACCAGAAAAUUUGGUCUUUGAUAAUAAAGGCUACCUUAGAAUUACUGAUUUGGGUAUAGCUAGAAUAUGGAAACCUGAGAAUAGCAGUGAUACUUCAGGAACACCAGGUUAUAUGGCGCCAGAAGUAAUGUGCAGAUAAAAUCAUGGUGUCGCAGUUGACUACUAUGCCUUAGGAAUUAUUGUUUAUGAAUGUAUGAUGGGUAGACGUCCAUACUUGGGUAGAACUAGACAAGAAAUUAGAGAUCAAAUAUUAGCAAGAUAAGUUCAAAUAAAAAAAAGUGAAGUACCUGAUAAAUGGUCGCUCGAAGCUGCUGAUUUUUGCAACAGACUUAUCCAAAGAAAACCUAUGAAUAGAUUAGGAUUAAAUGGCCCAGAAGAAGUUAAAAACCAUCCUUGGUUCAAAGGAUUCCCAUGGUAAAAACUUAUAAAUAAAGAAAUAGAGCCUCCUUAUGUACCAAGUCAAACUGAAGAAAAUUAUCAUGCAAAUGUUGAUAGAAAAGAUAGUAACCCUGAUAUAAAUGGAUAAAAUGAGCUCAUGUUGAGAAGAAAUUCUGUUUAAAGCAUGUUUGAUGGCUACGAAUAUGAUUGCACAAAACUUAAUUUCAAUAAUUAAAAUCCUUUGAAUAUGAUUAAUAACUCUACCAAUGUGAGUACAAGGUUUAAUAGUGCAAGAAACUCAAAGAUUGAAAUCCAAAAUCAAUCUUGA